AUGGGUCUACUUUCGCUCCCCCCAGAAAUUAUUGAUAAAAUAUGUAAACUCUUCUGUACCCACUGUCAGAAUGAGCCCCUCUCCCGCUCCCCCCACGAACAAGACCUGGUCACAUCUUGUCCAAGCAAAAUCUGGGAGCACGAUGCCCAAGGAGUCAAAGCCCUCCUCGAUCUCUCCGAGACAUGUCAAGCCCUGAACACACUCACUCUGCCCCAUCGCUAUCAUCGCGUCGAAUUCAAGAGCGACCUCCUCUGUACCAAGCAGUUUAUCGCACACAUCAGAGGUCGUGGGCAUGAUGCCCUCAAACAUGUUCGCAGUCUCAGCUUGUCCUAUACAAAGGCAAUGGACGACUCUUACAAUCGACUACCGAAUAGCCUGAAACGCCGUUUCAAUUUCUUCGAUAUGGUGUUGCGUCAUGUGCCACAGAUCCAGAUUCUACACAUACGCCUCAACCUGGAGCAUGAAAUCAAGGUCCCCAGACGAACAACGCCAGAGUCCCUGCGGUAUCUACACAUUGAGCGUGCCGACGAGGAGUCAGACGACUACACCCACAGCCUACAUAUCGACGAUGUGCUCCAACAGGCACCCAAGAUCCACACAUUGGUCAUUCAAGUCACCAGGUUGUCCUGGUCGUUUGGAUCAGGGGGACUUCAAAAUGUCAAAUGUCUCAAACUUGUCGACACCUUGGUUAAGCCAGAGCUCCUCGAAAAGAUUCUCGAAUCAUGCCCACAGCUUGAAUCGUUCGUAUUCAUCUUUUUCGGAAAGAUGCGUGACUGGUCGAGAUUGAGAAGGAAUGAAAUUACUACGCUCCGAACGCUACCGCAUGUCCUUUCUUUACGACAGGAAACGCUACGGUAUGUUGAACUUUACUGGAAGCCGGACAUCCCAUGGAUACGCGGAAUGGAGAUCGUGGGAUGUUUCAAGGGCCUGACCAGCCUUGAGACGCUGAUCCUCGGCGGUCCAGGGCUCCGCUUCGAGAGAGCUGAGAACCAUGAGCCGUUCGAGACAUGUCUUGUCGAUCUCCUGCCACAAUCGAUCCGCAGCGUUGCCAUUGAUUCGGGUAGUAUGAACCUCCACAAACCGAUUUCGGCACUGGGUGAAGCGGUCAAAUGGGGCUCGUUUCCGAUGCUGAGGGAGAUCCGGUGCUAUCAGCGGGAGUUUGGGGGUUGGGCGGAUUUGGAGAGGACAUUGUCACGUCCAUUUGUAUCUCGACGACAGGUGGCCGAAGAUUGGAGCAACAUGAACAGAUCCUUACGCGAUCUACUAUUGCAGCUGAGCAGGACAUGUAACGUAUCGUUCAGUGCAGAGACCAAGAGGCCUUUUGGACAUGAUGCAGGGCCCUAA